ACAGCCUCUCCGCGAUGACCUGCCAGGGGCGGAGAGCCCUCCCCGGAGCGCUUGAGCACGGGCCCAGCUUCGGUACGGCGGACGGCUCCCGGCGAGCCGGGCUCCAGCGCCCCGCACAACUCCAGGCUCCCGACGGGCCGAGCGCCGUUACCGCGGACGGCUCCCGACGAACCCCAGCACUGCGGACGGCUCCUGGCUCGCCGAGCGCCGGAGCCCCGCGCAGCUGCCGGGAGCAGAGCUUCAGCACCGCGGACAGCUCACGGCCACCGGCGGGCUGGGGCCGAGCGCGCCGCUGGGCGCUGCCCGCCGAGGGCCAUCGGUGUCCGGCUCCGAACCUGCUGCACGCCUCGGUGCCCCCGAGCGCUGCGCCGUGCCGGCAGCCCUGCGCUCUAGCAGCAUCCCUCCGCUCCACCGGCGAGGACGCCGAGAGACAACCCCACAAACGCUGCCAGCCGCCUCUCGCGUGGAGCCGGGAGAGAGCUUCUCUCAGGGCUCGGUGGCUGCUUGUCUUCAGAGGAUCGGGAUUUACAGGCUUGGCCGGUGCCUGGCUGCUCUGGUGUCUACAGACCCUGAGGUGUGCUGCUACAGAGCUGGAAAGAGACCUCACAUCUGUCGUACUGUGGAGGAGUAUAAUAAACCCUAUACAACCAUCAAACUCAGCCCAAGCCUUCCUGCCCCCCUGCAACUAACUUCACCACCCUCCUAACCACGAGAAUUUCCUCCUUUCCUUCUCUUUCCACGCUCCUUCCUUUGGAGACUGUAGGAUGAGGCAUCUCCUUCUACCCAGCUCAGGGUAAAAGCUUACCCUGAGGGCAGCAUCACACAUCCAUCAGGGACUGAAAGGUUUUUUUCCAGUCUCUACUACAAUCAACCAUGGCAAAUGAACCAGUGAUUCUAAAUGUUUAUGACAUGUACUGGAUAAAUGAGUACACCUCCACCCUGGGCAUCGGCGUCUUCCACUCUGGCAUUGAGAUCUACGGCAGAGAGUUUGCCUAUGGAGGGCAUCCCUACCCCUUCAGUGGGAUAUUCGAGAUCACACCUGGCAGUGCGGUAGAACUUGGCGAGACCUUUAAAUUCAAAGAAUCCAUUGCCUUGGGCACCACAGACUUCACUGAGGAGGACGUGGAUAAGAUCAUGGAAGAGCUGGGCAAGGAGUACAAAGGAAACGCAUACCACCUGAUGCACAAGAACUGCAACCACUUCUCUGCUGCUCUGGCUGAGAUCCUGUGUGGGAAGGAGAUCCCACGCUGGGUGAACCGCCUGGCCUACUUCAGCUCCUGCAUCCCCUUCCUCCAGAGCUGCCUCCCCAAGGAGUGGCUGACCCCAGCAGCCCUGCAGAGCCACAUCAGCCUGGGCCUCCACAGGGAGGAGCAGGGGGACACCACGGACGAGGAAUCCCCCUCCACGUCGGCAACCCCCACAGCCUCAGGCUCCUCUCGAACCUGUAGACAUACCCGGGUCUGAACUGUGCCCACUAUGCCCCCCCGUAACAUGCCCCUCUCUCUCGUACUGUUUCUUUCUCUCACCCUUUCAUGCACUGUGGUUUCUCUCUUCAGCAGACAGCUCUGUGGAGGGAAGAGCCAUGCUCCUAAGGAGGUGAACCUUCAACCUCUCUCCAUGAGCUGCCACUACAACUGCUUGGCAAAAUGACUGUGAAUCCAGCGUUGAAGUGAGGAGUGUGGCAGCUAAGCUGGAUUCUCCUCCCAGGGCCCCCAUGCUCCUGGAACAGCAGAGAGCUGCUAGCUCUCUCAGGCAUGAGAGCACCUGUUUGGGCAGGGGGGUAACAUACUGUGAUGUUCCUUCUAUGGAACUGUUUUAUCUUUUUAUCUAUUCCCCCUCCCCUGUGAGCCCAGCAGCCUCUUCUCUCUUUUGCUGGGUUUGCCACUCCCCUGUGACAAACCUCCUGCCCACAUCUCCCACAUCUAGUGAAGGAAGCAGAGCCAGAACUCAGCCUUCUCAUCUCUUAGACCAGCAACAGCACUAUCCCUUUUGUAAUUACCAGGUUUCUAACUCACAGUGAGAGGUGCUGCUGUUCUACAAGCACCAGUUUUCAGUAGUCAAAUUUAAGAGCUAGAAUGAUCACCCUGCUCUUGGAAAUAAUAACAAAGAACAUAGAAAAUGAAGGUGUUGCUGUGGCUUUUCUUUGGGGCCGAAGAGAGGAUGGGGCUAGUGCUUAGAGGCAGCUAAGUAGAUGCAGAGAUGACUGUUGAUCACAUUGGUGCUUUUUGAGUUUGUGUUGUGUAUUGGGUUUGGUUGUUGCUGGUUUUGUUUUGUUUUUCCCCAGAUUCCCUGAGGAAUGUCUCUCCUACCUAAAAUUUGCUGUCUGCCUUUGGGGGAAUGGCCUUCCUGAGCAGAAGGAGGAGAAAAGAGGAGUUCAGUGUUGCAUUCAGCUUUUCCUUCUGUAGUCAGAGGCCUUAGUGUGACUCUAGAUCCAUCCUUCUCCAGCCUGUUUAAAAAAACAAGUGGUGGACCCAAAGACUGUCGAUGUGUUUCCUUCUCCUCCCUUUUUGGAGGUGGAGGGGCCACACCUGGAAAUCACGGAUGACCCUUCUGAGGCAUGAGCCACUGUAAUGCUUUCCAUGGUGUGCCCUCGUUCAGUGGCACGACAAAGGGGCACAGGUGGCCCACUGGCCUCUCCAGGCUGCCCCUUGGCAAGAAUCUGGUCCUCAGGUGUGUUUAUACUCACUGUAACAGCUGAUGAGAAAGCACAGGAGGAGAAAAGGACAAGUACACCAACUCUUUCCAUUACCUCACUAGGACUUCUAGUCAGAAGAUGCAGGAGAGAAUUACAGGGGAAAUCUAGCCUCCCUCCCACUCCCUUGCAACUCCCCUUGGCUACAGAAAGGAUGAUGGAAAAGCAGCAAGCACACUGUUGAGACAGGGCUGCCAGUUUAGAAAUGCUGUUCUCAACAGCUAUUACCAAGUCAGGACUUCCACUCUCCACCCAGAAAGAGCUACAAGCCCUUCAGAUGGGUGGCUGCUUCCUGCUCUUGGUUGCAAUAGCAUGCUAGGUCCAACCAGCUGUUUCUUUUGCUCAGGCACACAGAAGUGUGCUUUCAGGGCUGCAGGCCUUGGCACAAGGCAGUGCUUCAUGGCUUGUCACAUGUGCAUGCUCUCAGUGAAGCAGGAGGCUUUGGAGAGACCUACUGAACGCAAACACUUCUCAUAGGAUGGCCUCGCCCCACUGCCUCCUAAAGCGAUGCAUGCUUGGGCAGCCUCUACAACGUGCCUCUCACUUUCAUCCUCCAAACAAACUGCUGCAGGUUCUGCACUGAAGUCACGUUCCUUAUCAAUCUUGGCUGCUCAGAGCCAAUACUCCAUUGUGAGCAAUUCUGCAGCUCCUGGUAACCAGUCCAGCAGCAAUCCUGAUUACUCUGGCUUGUCCAGGGAUACUUAGUAAGAUUUUCAUCCUAUUCUCCUUCCAGCUGUCCAGAAACCAUGUUCACACACAGAAUGUCUUAGGUUGGCAAAGCCCUUCAAGCUCAUUGAGUCCUAUCAUUAGUUUCACAUUGACAAGUCCUUGACUCAACCAAAGCCCUCAGCACAGCAUCUCAUCACUGUGAAUCACUAAGAGUGGAAAGGAGCACCAGCAUCAGCCAGUCCAACCUUCAUCCCAGCAGCCUUCAGCACCAGACCAUAGCCUCAAGCACCACAGCCACCCUCCUCUUAAAUCCCUCCAGGAUGGCGACUCCACCACCUCCCUGGGCAGCCUGUGCCAGUGCCUGACCACCUGCUCAGGAAAGAACUUCCUCCCAACACCAAACCUAAACUUCCCCUGAUGCAUCUUGAGAUCAUUUCCUCUUGUCCUAGCAUUAGUAACUGGGGAGAAAAGACCAGCUCCAGCCUCACUACAACCUCCUUUUAGGUAGCUGUAGAGGGCAGUAAGGUCCCCUCUCAGCCUGCUCUUCUCCAGUAUUACACCAUGUUCUUUGCACUCUCUAUCCCCCUGCAGUCAUGGUGAUUGCAGCCUAAACCAGCAGUGCUAGCUUCAUCUGUCUGAAGUUCCCAGGGUGCCUGCCAGCAGCACAUUAUGUGCAGUGAGUUUUAGAAUCUCUUCUUAGGUUCUCCUCUGGAGGAAAGUGAGAUGAGGCUUUCCUAGAGCUUUUGUCUAGGCCAGUGCAACUGCAGUCAGAAACACCUAGUUCCUGAUGUGACAGCAGCUAGUGCACCAUCAUCCUUGUGUUUCUGCUCUGCACCAUCUGUAUGUCUGGGAGAUAAGCAGCCUCCAGAGAAAUGCCUCACACGGAAACCCUCUCAUAGUAUUUCACAGAUUGAAAAUGUUUUUAACUGGCUGUGUGACAACCUGGUCAAGAAAGAUACAUUCAACCUCCUCGAGGACACGACCGUGUGCUUGCAGUAGUGGGAACAACACUUAGGGUGAGCUGUCAGUGUCACAAACCCCAGGUAUUUAUAUAUAUAUAUAUAUAUAUAAAUGUUGAUCUCUCACACCAAGGAGGCACCAAACCUCUGUGGUAAACCAAACCCAGAAUAUAUUCCAAUCUUCAAAGGCAUUUCUCCCCACCCCUCUCUGUUCAAGGUGACCAACCAACAACGACAAGAAUGAAGGGACACUGUGGAAAUUAGAUAUGUAUUGAUGAUAGCUUUACCUCUGUGAUUUAACAGCAUUUUAGGUUAUUAAAUAUGAAGACAUUUUAAAA